AUGAGUAUUAAUAAAUCUAUAUCUCUAGGUGUCUUAGCAGAUAAAUAAUAAAUCAUUAUGUAGUAGGAUAUAUUUUCUCAAAAUGGAUAAAAAAGUUAAAAUUAAAAGCAAUAAGAGUCAUUCAUCCCAAUAACAAAUUUGGAUAAUCAACAAAACCAUGGUUAAAAGUUUGAAUCUGAUGAGUAGGAUGAAGAAUUUAGGGAUGAAACAGAAGAAUAAAAUUUAAUUAACUAACUGAUCUCCAUUUUAGGGAAUGAAGAAUAUAAAUUACAAAUACCUGAAAACUUGAAAAAUGAAGCAUUGGCUUUGUUGAGAACAAAAAUGAUUAUUAAUAACUAAAAUGGCGGCGAAAACAAUACAAUUUAUUAAAAUUAGAUAAAUUAAAUUCUUGGAAAAGAGCAGUCUAAUAAAAAGAAUGACGAAUAAUUUUCGAAUUAAAACUCUGGGGCAAAAACUAAUUCUUAAAAUUAGCAAUAAGAAUAACAACUGAAAAUUCAGUAGCUUUAGUAAUAGCUUAACAAUUAAUAUGGUUUGAAUUAGGAACUCAUAAACUCAAACGAGGAAUAAGACAACAGAAUACAGUAAGAAUACUACAGUGAGAAAAACAAAAGUAAUUAAUAGUAUUCAAGCUAUUAAGCAAAUUAUUAAACAAAAACUGAUUAAAAUUGGUAGCCUUCUUAUUAAGAUUAAAGGUAUGGACCUCCUGAAAAUUCUAAAACUGAUUAGUUUUAACAGAGUUAGCAGUAACCAGUUUCCUUUGCAUGCUCUCCUACCACAAAUACCAACAUUUUAAUUCCAAAUAAUUCUAAUGAUCCAAAGAGCAUCAUUAACGUUAACGAUUUACUAAACAGAGUUAACCCAAAACAAUUGUAAAAAGGGAAUUAAGAAUACAAUCAAUUGAAUUAAAAUCAUUUAGAAAAUAUCACUGAAGAACCUAGUUUCAGCAAUAACAAUUCAAACACUAAAAAUGCAGUUUAAAAGAGACAAACUUCAACUUCUCCGAUAUCAAAAAGCUAAAAAACUUUCAAUUAAAAUACGAGAGGAAGAACUGAUAACAAUAGCAGCAAUAUUAAUAGUACCAGCAGCAACAAUAAUAGUAGCAACUAUGGGUACACAUUUAACAAUAAUAGCUUAUUAAAUAACAUUAAUAAAAACAACUACAGCAGUACAAUCACUAACUAGAAUCCUAACUAUUUAAAUAACAUGAGUGACAGCGGUAAGAAAAGAACUGCUUCCUCUUCAGUUAAAAAGAUAAGCAGAUCAUUCUACAGUUAAAAUAAUAACAAUAACAAUAAUUUUAAUAGCACAAAUGGAAGCACUAUCCUAAAUAAUAGCUUUACUUAUAUCAGUAAUAGUGGUAAUUCAUAGAAUUACUAGAUAAAAUUGCUUAAUAAAAUAUUUUAGAGUGAAAAAGAAAACAAUUAAAAUGAAAUAUCUGAUAUGAUAACUCCUUAGAAAAAUUCAGGUUCUUUGAAUAAAAGAUAACGUACCAUGACUCACUCUCAUUCUUUGAAUAAGACAUUUGCUUAGCCUAGUAAACAAUUGUAAAAAAACCCCUAAGAACUCAAAAAGCUAAAGAUUUCUUCUUUCUAAAACUUUAGUCAAGGUGCUAUUGGAAAACUUUAGAUCCUAGAAAACGAAAUUAAAAGUAGCUAGGAGCAAAAGAGGUUAUUAUAGGAAUAGAUAAACUAACUUAAAGCUGAUAUUGCUCUUGAGAAGAAGUGGUAAGAAGAAUCUACCUUGAACAAUUAAGUUCUACAAAACCAAAUGAAUAAUAUCAAUAAAAACUGCAGUAUGCUGAUUUAUGAUGGAGUGCAAAAGAAAAAGCUUUUAUCUGACUCUAGAUUAGAAAUAAAGGAAAUUGAAAAUGAUAAAGAAUAAAUUAUGAAUAAAAUUGAAGCUAUUAACCAGUAAACUAAGUAAGAAAAAGAAUACAUUUACACUUAUAAAGUCUUGAUAGAAGAGAUUAAAAAGCAAAUUAAAAAUGAACUUAAAUUAAGAAAUGAUUUAAAAGAAAAAGUACAAAAUAACAAAAAAAUGCUUGAGAGCCUAUAAGUAAAAAAAGAUGCUCUGUUUAAUAAAAACUGCACAAUCAUAUAGAGUGUUGAAUAGUCCUUAAAUAGGUAUUUUGAAAAAUAAUGA